CUUAACGAUCAACCGAUAACCGACUAAACAGUUAUAAUUAUAUUCGAACCAAACCUAUUAACAACCCUAAUACUAUGCACCCAAGUCUAAAUAUAGUUUUAAGACAUCAAAUUUUGAUUUUUAAUUAGUAGCAUUAUUCAAGGUAUAAUAUAUGAUCAUAACUAACAAUUCAUCACCCUGGGUCCUAAACCUUCAUUUCUGAAUCCAAACACCAAACUCCAAAUUGUAGGCCUUAAACCUUAAAUCCCUAAAUUCUUCAAAUAAAAAUAAAUUUUGAAUGAUUUUUGUGCAAUUUCAUGUAUUAUCUUGUCCAUCAUAUUACAAGUGAUGAUUGACUUUGUUUUAACAUGAAUCAUCAACUCAAAAUGACGAUUAUGAAGUGGGUGCAUAAAAUGCACCAAAUACUUAUGUAUAUGUUGUAGGCUUGUGCCUUGUAGGGUUUAUACUUUAUACCAUGAUUGAAAGACUCGGUGAUGUGGAAGUUGAGGUGAGAAAAUUCUAAUCAAAAUUUUCAUUAAAUGGAUUCAAUCAAAGUCUUUGUUGUUGAAUAUAUUCAAAAAAGUUUCUAUUGAAUAAAUUCAUCACAUGUUCUUAUUUGUGUUACGAGACUAAGUAAAGAUCUUGAAUUUGCCUUAAACUAAGGUAGAGUCGUAGAGAUAAGGAGAAGAGAUGAGAUAGUGAUGCUUUAAUUUUUUAUCAUUAGUAAUCUUUGAUUCGAUUGAUUGGAGGCUGAAAAAGAAUGUUCAUUUUUUUACAUUAUGAAAAUCACAAGAAAUUGAGUGAGAGAGACACCGAGGUGAGAGGUGACUUAAGAUGGUAGGAUAUCUAUCCCAUUUUUUCAGUUUAUAGCAUAAAAAAUAUCAAAUACACCCCCUCGAAUAUAGAAGGGUUAAUACGGGUGCUAAACCCUCAAUGGGUUAGCAAAGAUAAUACGUUCCACACAAACGGGGUGAAUGACUGUUCUGUAACAAAGUGAAAAAGUUCGUGACUCAUUUAUAACAUUUCAAAGUACACUGAUCGUAUUGUCAUAAACACCAAAGUUUGAUGACUAUUUACAAGUUCUCUCGCAGUAUAAAUACGGAUUAUUUCCUCGUCGGCGAAGGUUCUUCCUUUUCCUUCCCUUUCUGUUCUUCACCAAUACGAAAGAAAUGUUCUUGAAGCUAUGGGGCUGGUAUCGCAACUGCCUAACCUCUCAUCCGUUGAAGACCCAGGUCAUCAGCUCCGGUUUCCUUUGGGGCGCCGGCGAUAUUGGUGCGCAAUACGUCACUCACUCCACUGCCAUUAAGCGUCUUCAGUGUACCGAUAAAGAGGCUGAAUUCAGGAUAAAUUGGAAGCGCGUAGCUAUUACCAGUGCAUUUGGCCUUGGAUUUGUCGGUCCAGUUGGCCAUUUCUGGUAUGAGAACUUGGACAAGUUUAUCAGGUUGAGACUUAAACUAACACCAAAAUCAGCUCGGUUUGUGGCUGCUAAAGUGGCAGCUGACAGCAUAAUCUUUGGGCCCUUGGAUCUGCUAGUAUUUUUCACCUACAUGGGAUUUUCUACUGGGAAGAAUGCUGCUCAAGUGAAAGAAGACGUGAAGAGGGACUUCCUUCCAUCGCUGGCCUUGGAAGGCGGUAUUUGGCCACUGGUUCAAGUGGCUAACUUCAGAUAUGUACCAGUACAGUACCAACUUCUCUAUGUCAAUUUCUUUUGCUUGAUAGACAGCGCUUUCUUGUCGUGGGUCGAGCAACAAAAAGAUGCUCCAUGGAAACAGUGGUUCAAAUCGGUCCAGAUUUUGAAAGAGAAAGGAGGGCAAGGCAGAUUAUGAUAAUCAUGAUAUUCUCUCCUCUUUUCCUGUCUUAACUUCUUUUCAUUUUUGACUGUGUUACUCUUUGAAUCUCACUCAUAGCUGUAACAUGAGGAGAGUUAGCAGGAUAGGCUUGUUGAAGAUUGGAUUUGGGAAUUGAAUUAGUUGCUCCUAUUGUAUGAUUUUGUAUCAACUGUAAUAAUUCGUUCCCCAACUUUAAUGCAAGAAUCAGAGUAAAUUCUGUGAUUUGAC